AUGGACAACGACACAUUCGAGCCAUUCACAGGACACACCGACGAUAUUAGUGCACUUGCGUACUCGCCCGACGGGAAGUGUGUAGCGACAGGUUCCUUGGACUCCACGAUCCGUACAUGGGAAGCUAUGACAGGCCGUCAAUUGGGGAAGCCUCUGGAAGGGCAUACUAGCUCUGUCCAAGCCGUUGCUUAUUCUCCUGAUGGACGGCAUCUCGUGAGCGGUUCCAUCGACAAGACUCUUCGAAUCUGGGAUACCAACACGCACGAGACGGUCAUGGCGCCGCUUGAGGGACAUAUAAUCACCCCUUGCGCCCUUCAGUAUUCUCCUGACGGCAACUUCAUUGCAUGUGGAGAUCAGGGUUUUACUCUGAAUCUCUGGGACGCAAAUACUGGCAAAUGCAUUGCAUCUAUAGAACAGCUUGAUUCCGUCAACUCCGUCUCGUUCUCCCCAGUUGGCAUACAUAUUUCAAUUGGAUGCGAAGACUCUCUCAUCCGCGUCUACGACGUUAAACAACAUCAACUCGCUUUUGAGCCCAUCGUCGGUCAUCGGGCCAGCGUUGAGAGUGUCCAGUAUUCACCCGACGGCCGUCUCAUAGCCAGUGCUUCAAAGGAUCACACAGUUCGUAUCUGGGACGCGCUCACAGGCACGGCAAAAUGUGGUCCACUUGAAGGUCACAAAAGCUAUGUCAAUGGCGUUUCAUUCUCUCGCGACGGACUGCGUCUCGUUAGCUGCUCGCAAGACGGGUCGGUCCGUGUCUGGGAGAUAAAUGAAAAAGACAUGGCUUCAAAACCUCUCUAUGGACACAAGCAUGAUAUCUCCGGGGUUUUUUGCUCGCCAUUAGGCGAGCACUUUGCUUCCGGAUGCCGAGAUCACACCAUACACAUAUGGGAAGUCCGCUCUGGAUCGUGUCUGCACAUCAUUGAAGGCCACAUCGAGACGGUUUACUCCCUUAGUGUCUCGGCCGACGGCUCCCUGCUAGCGAGCGGGUCCAACGACAAGUCCAUCCGUAUAUGGGACCUUCAGUCGUAUGCAGCAGUGGCAGAGCCAUUGCAUUUCGGAGGUCGAAUUGCGUCGGUUUGCUUUUCGCCUGACGGAGCACAGUUGUUGGGCGGGUCACACAUUGUCAAAGGGGAAGAUAAUGCGGUCAAUCUUUGGGACCUAUCACGCAGGGAGCCAUCCUUUGGUUUACAUAAAGGCAGCCAGGUCAACUGCGUGCACUUCUCUAGCGACGGAACCAAGUUCCUGAGCGCAGUAGAGGCCACUUUGGAAGUAUGGGAUGCCAAUACCAGGGGACUCUCUCAGUGUCUACAGCACGACGGAAGCGUUAAAACUGCAGCUUUCUCUCCCGAUGGCACGCAGAUUGUGAGCGGCACAGACAAAGGAGAUAUCAGACUGUGGGACGUCGAGACAGGGAGACUUCUUCUUCCCAAGGUAGAGUCUUAG